AUUUUUGGACUCGUCCUAUCAAGCUUCGUACUGGAGUUGGAGUUGUCCUACAUCUUAUAUUCUACUUUAUGACGGAGCAUCGUUUGUAUUGCAUUUUGCCCGUCUGUACAAUAUCUCCAAAACCUCUUCAACACCCCCACAAAACGCAGUCAUGGCCGCCAUUGCAGCUAGGUCCCUCCUCCGUUCGGCCCGUGCCUCGACAUUCGCGUCCAGAUUAAAACCCAAUUCACCCUCUACUGCCUUCCGCUUACCCACCCUAAAACCCCCUUCUCCUCGCAUGUUAAGGACACCAGUUGAGAUGAGCUUUGGUUUGGAAUCAAUGCUUCCUUACCACACUGCUACUGCUUCUGCUUUGCUUACUUCCAUGCUUUCGGUUUCUCCUCGUACCUAUGCUUGGACUCUCGAAGAUUGCAAUGAUGAUGUAUAAUGGACAACGGGGAUGGCCAAGUUCUAUGUAAAUGCACCCUCUCAAUAGGAUGAAUUUUUCUCUAGUACUGAUUGUGCUCCAUGAACUUAAGCUUGUAUUUUUCUUUAACCACUUACUGUUUUCUUAUUACGGAAUUAGUACGUGGACAAACUAAGAGAUCGAAGUAUCAAAUCAUGUAGAAGUCUGUUGGUAAAGUUUUUUCCUGGUAGCUCCUAUGAUCUUAAUAAAGAUAAUCAGGGUGAAUUUGACUGUUUGAUUUG